AUGAAAAACUCGUUUAUUACAGUUUUAACAAUACAUACUUUACAUUUGAUAAAUUGUGAUGAAGAACUCCUUCGAAGUAAUAGUCCGGAUAAUAAUUUACAGGAAGAUGCCACUUUAGACGCUUUUACAUUAAUACGGAAAUACGGUUAUCCUUGUGAAAUCCACCGCACAUACACAGAAGAUAAAUAUAUGGUAGAAAUGCAUAGAAUCCCUCAUGACAAAUACAAUACUUCUAAAGAAAAUAGGCCUGUGGUUUUCUUACAACAUGGCCUACUUUCGUCGUCUGCUGAAUGGGUACUUAUGAUGCCAGGAAAGGGGUUGGCGUACCUCUUAGCUGACGCCGGCUAUGACGUAUGGAUGGGUAACGCCAGAGGCAACACUUACUCUCGCAAACAUAAAACUUUGAAGCCUUCAUCUUCCGCUUUUUGGACAUUCAGCUGGCACGAAAUCGGUUACUACGAUAUACCGGCUAUGAUAGAUUAUAUCUUAAAAGAAACUGGGGUCUCCAAACUUCAGUAUGUAGGGUUUUCUCAAGGAAACACUGCUUUUUUUGUCAUGGCAUCGACGCGACCAGAAUAUAAUGAUAAAAUCGUCGCCAUGCAGGCUCUAGCUCCGGUCGCUUAUGUCGGAAACAUUAAAAGUCCUUUUAUUAAAGCAGUCGCACCGUUUACCAAUUCUUUAGAAAGAAUUUUAAAAUUAUUAGGGCAACAUGAAUUAUUUGCAAAUGGUAAGAUAAACGAACUGGCCGGGGGACUGCUUUGCCGGGAAGAGGCUAUAACGCAAGCUUUAUGUACGAAUCUAUUGUUUUUACUGUGUGGCUACAAUGAGGCCCAGUUGAACAAAACGAUGCUUCCUAUAAUAAUGGGUCACACGCCCGCCGGGGCAUCAACCCGACAAAUGAUACAUUUCGGUCAACUAUAUAAAUCGAAAAAAUUUUCAAACUUCGAUUACGGUUGGCUAACAAAUAAACGUGUUUACGGUACAUUUUCACCGCCUAGUUACAAUUUAAGUGCUAUAAGAACACCCGUGUUCCUCCAUUACGGGGACAACGACUGGCUUUCAGCGCCCAAGGACGUUGAUAAAUUGUUAUUUGAAAUAAAGUCUGUAGUGGGAAAGUUUAGAGUACCUUUAGAUAAAUUCAAUCACUUGGACUUCAUCUUCGCUAUUGACGCUGAUAAGCUAUUAUAUCAACGUUUAAUUAAGAUUAUGUCUCGCUUUGUG